UGCCGCUUCUUCUCAAUCAAAUUCAAAGAUACAGUUGGAAUCACAUUUGUGUACCAUCCGUCCAUGGGCUUGGUGGACAUCCAGCAGCACAGAAAGGACGGCCCGGGCUCUUACGUCCAGCCACUCCUUGAUUAUCCGGCGGAUUCGUUGGUCUGCGUGUAUCUGCCUACCGAUACAGACUCAGAUGUUUCUUAUCUGACUAUUCAGGUGGGGGAUGCACGUGGUACUCUCGGAUGCCCCAGGUUUUUGAUCGAGAUGAAGGGUGCUGGCACAGUCAAUAUAGGGAGCAGAUGCGACACGAGGCGCGUGUAUGAACUGGAGCCCAACCCAAAGCAAUUGUUCUUCAACAGGAGGGAAAGAGGAACAGUCAACUUCAUCGGCACUUACUGGAACGAUGUAUCACACUGCGACGGUAGCUCUUGACGACGUGACUCAAGCCCCUCCUUUCUUCUCCCUUGCUCCCUUCUACCUUGCCAGGGAGUUCGAUGUAUAUCGCUACAGCAAUGGCACUCUUCGAUGCCUUGUCGUGACUUACAACAACGGGGCUAGACGAAUGCUAGGGGACUAUCGAGUUGGGCAGAUGCCCGAGCCCGAGACCUUCGAGGAUCCCAAGAUGCUCUGCUUCAAUGGAGAACACGGUCCUGCGGGGGGGGAACCCCUCCGCUCAGGGAUGCUCUUGAGUUUCGGCACCUUGCACCUCACUUUUCACAAAAACGCUCAGAACUGGAAGUGCUAUCCCAUAGACGAUUUCCAUGUACUCGAGCUUUGCUUCACAGCACGCCCAGCACACCGGCUGAAUAUCCGGAAACGGCUUCCGACCGAUGAGUGACCGACGGACGAGGUGCCGCCGUACUUUCGCUUUUCACACCACAUUGAGUGUGAAUACAUUGCCGACCUCUGCCAAGUGGCUGUGCGAGGAUCUCGGCUGCGAGGUGAUGGCGUCGGUAGAGUUUGAUGAACG